AUGUGGAGUUCGGAAGAAGAGGGUUCGGAUCAGGAUUCAGAUAAUGGCAUGGAUGCGAUGAGGAGAUCAAGGACCGAGGACGCUAGGAGAGCACCAGUAUUAUUAAACUAUAGAGGCCCAGAAUCGGUACGAACACCAACGAUACCACGAUCUCAACAAGAUCAAGAUGGAGGUAUUAUAACGAUCGAUAGUGAUGAUGACGAAGAUACACGUAUUAGAAAAGAAAAUAGUAUUGUAAGGCUUGUACCAGAUAGAAGAGUUGGUAGGCCGCGUGAUAUGAUGAAUAGAUUUGUUAAUACAAAUGGUACUAAUCGUGCUAUUGAAGAUAGAAGAUAUUCAGGAAUGGAUAUUGAUAAUGAUGACAACAAUAGUAAUGAUAAUGAAGAUAUUAACCAUAGCACAAAUAAUAAUAAUAAUAAUAAUAAUAAUAAUAAUAAUGAUGAUGAUGAUGACUUAGAAAUAAUAUCUGCAGUUGAUAGACCUCAUUAUGAUGACGGUCCAAUAUAUGCGGAAACUGAAUAUGUUGAUUUAGAUAAUGAAGAAGAAACAAUAGAAACCCCGAAUAGAUCAACUCAUAGACCUAUCAUGGUUGUCGAUCACGCGGGUAAUACAAAUACUACUCAAACAACUACGAACGAUGAUAAUAAUAGUAAUAAUGAUGAUGAUGGUAUUGCUAUUAUGGAAGAAAGGACAACACAACCUACUGUAUUAUUGAACCUUCCGGGUGGUGAACAGUUAAGGAUAGAUGCUACAAAUAGAGAUGCACCAAUGAGAAGUUCCUUCGAAUGGGGAGUACAUUUACCAGAAUCUCGUCGUAGAUUAUUAAGAAGAAGUGGAAGAAGAGUAGAAAGUAUAAUGAGAAACCUUUUUGAACCUGAGGAUGCUGAUGAAAGUGAGGUCCGUUCAAGAUUACCUUCAAGUGUCGUUGCCACUAGAAGAAGACAAAUUGCUACAAUGAGAGAAAUCGAACGUAGAAGAAGGGAAAGAUUACAAAAUAGCACAAAUAGUACCGAAGGCGCUUCAAGUGGUAAUCCGGUAAUGGAUCGAAUUAGACAUGAUAUUCAAACAUAUCCGCCUGAUGUAAGGAGUGCAUUUGAUCAUGCUGAGUCAUUACAUGAGUUUAGAUCUAUUUUACAAAGGGUAGCUCCUGUAACGUUAGAAGAAUGUGGUAAUACUUUAACAAACCUUUACACACAAUAUAGAAGUCAUGUUAUGGAAAAUUGGGCUACGAAUAGAGUAUUAGCAGCUGCAGAAGAAAAUCAAAGGAACCGUGAAAGACGAACAAAUACUACUUCAAGAAGAGGGAGAAGAACACGGAAUACAAGAACAGGUUUAUACACUGGACGUUCAUUACUGGAUCUUAUGCGUGGUAGGCCCUCAUAUGGUAGUUAUGAUGAUGAUUAUGAUAGAUAUGACACUUGGAGAAGGGAACAAGAUGAAAUGUUGAGAGCGCAUGGUCUUUACUCUGAUGAAGAUGAUGAGGAAAGAGACUCACCUUAUAAUAUGGGACCUGAUGCUGAGAGACGUGAACAAGAACGGACACAAAAUAUUAUUAAUAUGAUUCAAGCUCGAGAAGAAAGGGAAAGAGAUUCACGUGUGAAAACCUUUAUGCAAAAGACUAAACAAACUGAAAAUAAAUUCAAAGAUAGUGCAAGUAAAUUACCUGAAGGUUAUAGUUCCAAUUUUGAUAGUACACCCAAAAUGAAAAUGACAAUUGUUAAGAAAGGUAAUAUAGAGAGUGUUGUUGUGGAUGAUGAUAUGACAUUAGAUACUGAAAUGGAUGUUCCAUCCUGUACAUUAUGUGGGAUCGAACUUGGAGUUGGUAUCCCGGAUUCAUUUCAAGGGUUACCUCUUGAAGAUCAAGGUGUGUCAUUUGAAUAUUUAGUUGAAGAAUAUGGUUAUUCGUGUCCUUAUCAAAGUUUAUUAAAACCUACGCAAUUGGAUCGUGACUUAUCUAGAAGAACUUAUGUGGCUGGAUGUGGUCAUACUUUCUGUGGUCGUUGUUAUGUAAGGAUUGAAAAUGCUAAGAGCAAAAGUAAAAUGUCAAAGAAGAAACUUGCUGAUUUGAAAGGCUCAUCUCAUCCAGAUAAUUAUGGCCCAAGAACUUGUCCAGCAAAGGAUUGUAAAGGGUUCCUGAGGGCUAGAGGUAAGAUGAGAGAGAUGUAUUUGUAA